GACGUUCUGGUGUUUUGCAGCGGCAGGGUGGAGCAGGAAAAGGAUUAUUUAACUUCGACAAGUUUGUUAAUUUUGCCGAAAAGCCAUGUCUUACAAACAUAAGUCAGUUUUUGCAACUUUGCCGAAAACCACAAGAGGUGUACCUUUGGUUCUAGGAGGUGACCCGAAGGGGAAAAACUUUUUAUACGUAAGCGGAAACAGUGUGAUAAUCCGCGAUAUCGAUGAGCCACUAAAUGCAGACAUCUACACGCAGCAUUCUGUGCAGACGACAUGUGCCAAGUACUCGCCAAGCGGCUUCUACAUCGCCUCAGGAGAUGUGAAUGGCAAGAUACGCAUUUGGGACACAACACAGGUGGAACACAUCCUGAAGAAUGAGUACCAGCCACUUGGCGGUACAAUCAGGGAUAUUUCCUGGUCACCAGAUAGCCAGCGGAUGGUCGUGUGUGGUGAUGGCAGAGAGAGCUAUGCAAGAGUCUUCCUAGCUGAGACAGGUUCAUCCGUCGGAGAAAUCAUGGGCCACGCGAAGUUGAUCAAUUCCGUCGACUACCGGUCUGUGCGCCCGUUCCGCAUCGCCACCGCGAGCGAGGAUAACGAGGUCAACCUGUACGAGGGGCCGCCCUUCAAGUUCCUCCUCAGCAAGAAGGAGCACACCAGGUUCGCGAACGCCGUUCGCUUCUCGCCCGACGGCUUGCACUUCGCAACGGCCAGCGCCGACGGCAAGUGCUUCGUCUACGACGGCAAGACGGGCGACCUGCGCGCGCAGAUGGGCGAGCCGGCGCACUCUGGCGGCAUCUACGCGCUCGCCUGGAGUCCCGACAACAGCGAGAUCAUGACGGUGUCCGGCGACAGGUCGGCGCGCGUGUGGGCGGUGGCGACGGGCGCGAUGGUUGGCGAGUGCGUGUUCGGCAGCACCGUCGACGACAUGCAGGUCGGCUGCCUCUGGCAGGGCGCCCACCUGCUGUCCGUCUCGCUCUCCGGCGUCAUCAACUACCUCGAGCGCGGCAACCUGUCGACGCCGAGCCGCGUCGUCAAGGGCCACAACAAGCCGAUCUCGUGCGUGACGGCGAGCGACGACCGCCGCACGAUCGUCACGGGCAGCCAGACGGGGGCGCUGGUGUGCUGGGACGCGGCGAGCGGGCGCGCGCAGCCGCUCAUCGGGCGUUCGCACGCGAACCAGGUGCUCGCGGUCGUCGUCGACGGCGACGACAUCGUCUCGUGCUCGAUGGACGACUGCGUGCGCGUGUCGUACCUCGCCAGCGGCGAGUGGGGCACGCACGACGUGCGCAUGGAGUCGAUGCCGCGCGACAUCGCCGUCCAUCAUGGCCUGCUCGCCGUCGCCUGCAUGAACGAGGUGACGCUGCUCCGCGGCGACCGCAUCUCCUCGCUGCUCAAGGUCGACUACGAGCCGUCGUCGGUGACGUACAACGACGCCGAGAGCCACCUGGCGGUCGGCGGCGGCCUCGACCACCGCGUGCACGUCUACCGGCUGCAGGCGGGCGACCAGCUGGCGCCGAUGGAGGAGCUCCAGCACGCGGGUGGGAUCACCGCCGUCGCCUACUCGCCCGGCAACGCGUGCCUGGGCGCGGCGGACGCGAACCGCCGCGUGAUCGUGUACAGCGUGCCGGGCUACCAGCGCCUGCACAACGUCGACUGGUCGACGCACUCGGCGCGCGUCACCUGCAUCGCGUGGAGCCCCAACUCGCUGUUCCUCGCGAGCGGCGGCGUCGACACGAACGUGAUCGUCUGGAGCGUGCGCGAGCCGAACAAGUGGGUCGAGAUCCGCAGCGCGCACCCGAUGAGCCCCAUCACGGGCCUCGCGUGGCUCAGCGACGCAGAGCUGGUCAGCGUCGGCAGCGACUCCAACGUGCACACGUGGCAGCUGAGCCAGUAGAGAGGCAGCUGCGCUCCCCCCCCCCCCCGGCUAGCCGAGCGCAUGAACCGUUAGCUUGCUAGGCGUGCGACCUCUUGGCUGGUUGGGUGCAUGAUGACGCCUUAGCUAGCUCGGUGCAUGAUGGACGAGUGUGCAUGUCCCCGAGCUUGCUAGGUACGUGACCCUGGGGAGCUGAAUGUAGGUGACCCUUAGCUAACUAGAUGCAUAAGCCACGGGUAGAUGAGUGUGCAGGAUUCCUAGCUAGCCAGGGCCAAAACAAAAUAUAGGUGUGGUUACGGUUUCCUGACCGACCCUAUUUAUUCCCAGCGACCCUAAACAUUUU